AUGGCAAGCAGUGGCAGUGGCCAAGCGUCGCCUUACAGGCCCUACCGCCACCUCAAGACCCUCCGCGGCCACGAAGGCCCCAUCGCCUGCGUCAAAUACUCCAACGACGGCACCCUUCUGGCCUCGGCGUCCACCGACAAGACCGUAAUCCUCUGGUCCGCCUCCGCCCUAACCCUUUUCCGCCGCCUUUUCGGCCACUCCGACGGCAUCUCCGACCUUGCCUGGUCUUCCGACUCCCACUACAUCUGCUCCGCCUCCGACGAUCGGACCCUCCGUAUCUGGGACGCCCGCUCCCCCUCCGGCGAGUGCGUCAAGACCCUCCGCGGCCACUCCGACCGCGUCUUCUGCGUCAAUUUCAAUCCCCAGUCCCACCUCAUCGUCUCCGGCUCCUUCGACGAAACGAUGCGUAUUUGGGAGGUCAAGACCGGGAAGUGCCUCCACGCUAUCCGGGCCCACUCGAUGCCUCUGACCUCCGUGAGCUUCAAUCGCGACGGUUCGCUUGUCGUCUCCGCCAGCCACGACGGGUCCUGUAAGAUUUGGGACACCGAGUCGGGAACUCUGCUGAAGACGCUGAUUGACGAUAAAUCAGCCUCCGUCUCCUUCGCCAAGUUCUCGCCUAAUGGCAAGUUCAUACUCGUCGCCACUCUCAAUGACACCCUCCGGCUGUCAAACUACGCGGCGGGGAAGUUUCUGAAGAUCUAUACAGGUCAUGUGAACAAGGUGUUUUGCAUAACAUCUACAUUUUCUGUGACAAAUGGUAAAUACAUUGUGAGCGGGUCGGAGGAUCACUGCGUCUACUUAUGGGAUCUCCAGCCGAGAACAAUGGUUCAGAAACUCGAAGGCCAUACAGACACUGUCAUCGCUGUUUCCUGCCAUCAUCAGGAGAACAAGAUUGCCUCUGCGUCUCUGGAUAAAACUAUCAGGAUUUGGGUUCAAGAUACUUAAAUAUAACAUCAAAGUAACAUUUACGCGUGUAUGUGAUGCACUAUUUUUAUGAACCGCACGCAAAUCCAGCCAUCCACAGAAAUAGUGUAUCUCAUUCUCCGGUGCAUUGUGAAAUUUUCGUAGUCAUUUGGCUAUUGAAUUCCCGACUCACUUGUGUAUCCAGUUAUUGAACAAAUUGUAAUCGAAAUAAGCAAAGCAAUGCAAGUGUGAGUUAGCCUAGUUA